CCUUGAAGCAUUGUGCAACAUUAUUUCAUAGUCUUCGCAAAUACAAGUGUAAGUCAACUGCGAUUUUGAAACUCUUACUAAGCGAAUGUGUAUCGGUUCAAAUAAAUUGAAAUCUGAACUUGGAUACGAGAUCGAGUGCAGUUUUAAAUCAUUUAAGAAGUGUCCUCAUGCACACCAUUAGCGGGGCGAAAUGCGUCUACCUACCAUAGUGCGUCUUGUGAUUUGGGGAAUAUUUUUGUCAAUUAUUUUCGUAUUAAACGAAUGUAAAAAGCUUGAUGGUUAUAAGUUCCCAGUAUACUCAACACCAUUUUGUCCAAGAAAUGAAUCGGAGUGGAACAAGAGGUCGUCAGCUCUCAACUGUAACAGGACUAAUGGCUACACUUGUUUACCGAACGAAAAGCUCACGGAACUGUUAGAGUUCUGUUAUAUAGAACCUUGGAUAUGGAUUGAAGAAGGUAUCUGUUUAUACCUGGAAAAAAAGGGUUCAUACGUUGAUUCAUUCAGCUGCCAUCACUUCAUACAUGGAUGCCACAAUACCUCUUAUCAAAGCAGAAGAAUAUUUGAAUACCCAGCUUGCAUAUCUAUCGGUGAUGGUUGUUUCUUGGCCGAACAAUCUUGUAAAAGCUCUCUAAACACUACUCGCCGUCCGAAAACAACAGAAAAUAACCAGGAUGACUGGUUUUGGGUCGUGAUUGUUAUAGGAAUCGUUGUUGUUAUUGUAUGUGCUUCAUUCUGCAUGCUGUACUUCUACCGUAAAAAAAGAGUUUUAGAGCAGUUGUUAGAAUGCAUGUUACGUGUGUGUAUGGGGUCGGGUGUGGUUGGGACAGUAGAUGGUGGAGGGGCGUACUCGUAUUGA